AAGUGGCUUGAAAAAUUGGGAGCGAGAGUUCCCUAGCACCAUGAAUUGAUCACUGAGAAAAUUCCAAAAAAAUUAAAUCAGUGAUCAAAAAACAUAUACUCCUACGUAGAUAUAUAAAAAUGGGGGACCCUCUCUCUAAAAGGAAGGGCCUUAUCGCAGCCUGCCUCUCCAUCCUCCUAGUCGCCGCCGUCAUCGUUGCCAUAGUCACCACCAAAGGAGACGGAGGCGGCCACGUCAGCACCGCCGCUCCCAACGUGGAAUCCACCUCCAAAUCCGUGGCUGCCAUUUGCUCCACCACACAAUACCAAGACACGUGCCACGCCAGCCUCGAGGGCGCCAACAGCACCGACCCGAGGAAGCUGAUCGAGACGGCGAUCAACGUCGCCGUCGCGAGAGUCAGCCACGCCCUCCGCCAGUCGAGCCUCAUGAAGGAGGCCGCCGAAGACCCCAUGACGAGGCAGGCCUUCGACGUGUGCAGCGACGUCCUCGAGAAGGCCGUCGACGAUUUGAAGCGAUCCGUGGAGCAGAUCGACGCCGUCGAGGCGGAUACGGUCGGGGAGUACGUGGCCGACCUGCGGACGUGGCUGAGCGCGGUGGUGACGAAUCAGGAGACGUGCGUGGACGCGUUCGAGAACACCACCGGAGACACGGGGCGGAAGAUGAGGAAUUUGCUCAGGACUGCGAUGGAGCUGUCGAGCAACGGGCUGGCGAUGGUGACGGAUAUAGCCGACUUCGUCGGGUCGAUGCAGCUCGAGGAUUUUCUCGGAGGGGGGCGGAAGCUGGCGGCGGGGGAGUUUGUGGAGCGGCGGCUGGUGGAGGCGGUGGCGGUGAAUUCGACGGUCGUGGUGGCGAAGGACGGGAGCGGGAAUUUUACGACGAUCAACGAGGCGCUUGCUUGGUUGCCGAAGAGGAAUAAUGAUUCGCAGAUCGUGAUUCGUAUCAAGGCUGGGGUGUACAAUGAGAAUGUCGAUAUUCCCAAGGGGCUAAACAAGAUUGUGCUCAUCGGCGACGGCAUCAAUGCCACCAGAAUCACCGGGAAUAAGAGCGUUGCCGCCGGUAUUCAGACCUACUACACCGCUACACUUAUCGUGAGCGGCGAGGAUUUCUUGGGCAAGAACCUGGCCGUGGAGAACACGGCGGGGCCGGACGGGCACCAAGCGGUGGCCGUCCGCGUAUCCGGCGACCGCGCAAUCCUCUACAACGUCCGCAUGGACGGGUACCAAGACACCCUCAAUGCGGACACCCACCGCCAGUACUACCGCAACUGCACCAUCUCGGGCACCAUCGACUUCGUCUUCGGCAACAGCCUCUCCCUCUUCCAGAACUGCACCUUCAUCACCCGCAAGCCCGGCCCCAAGCAGGGCUGCAUGGUGACCGCCCAGGGCCGCUCCGACCCCAAGAGCAACACCGCCAUCAUAAUCCAGAACAGCCGGUUCACCGCCGAGCCGGCCGUCCUCGCCGCGAAGCCGCCGGUGCCGGCGUACCUCGGGCGGCCGUGGAAGGAGCUGUCGAGGACGAUCAUCAUGCAGUCGGAGAUCGGGGGCUUCAUCAACAGGACGGGGUGGGCCCGGUGGAUCGAGGACAUCGGGCUCGACACGUGCUACUAUGUCGAGUACGGGAACCGCGGGCCCGGGGCGGAUACCUCGGGCCGGGUCACGUGGAAGGGGAUCCGGAAGGCGACGGCGGCGCAGGUGAAGAGUUGGACCGGUGGGGUUGUGUACGGAAAUGACACGUGGAUUAAGGCGUCCGGAGUUCCAUACGUCCCCAAGUUGUUGCCCAGGGCGCCAUGAGAUCAAUAAAACGUGCAAAUUAAUUUUUUAGAUUCAUUUUGAAUUUCGUGAUGAUUGAUCAAAGAGAUCAGUAUAUAUAUGACUUUUUGAUUUUGUUAAGGUUUAUGUGUAUUAAAGUUUGACAAAAAUAAAAAGAGCAUAUGCUUAUAUUA